UGUGGGCCCGCUCGGGUUAGCGUACGCCGUGGAAAUUGUGGAGUUGCCUCUGCGAAAGGAGGUAUAAGAGCAGACGGAGGCAGUAAACUGGCUUGUGGCAUAAGAGCAUAGAGCACCAGUGUGGCAGAGGUCCUAGCUCAGGAGCUUCUGGGAGUGCCUGGUUUCUUCACUGUCCUGGAAAAGGUCUAAGUGGGACUGAAAUAUCAGAUAAGCUCUUCCCGUUCCUUCAUGGAUUUGAAGGUUCUCCUUUCCUCCUUGAAUGACUUUGCAUCCCUCUCACUUGCUGAGAGUUGGGACAAUGUUGGAUUAUUGGUGGAACCAAGCCCACCACACACUGUAAACACACUCUUCCUUACCAAUGACUUGACGGAGGAAGUGAUGGAGGAGGCACUGCAAAAGAAGGCGGAUCUCAUUCUCUCCUACCAUCCGCCUAUUUUCCGACCCUUGAAGCACAUAACCUGGAAAACCUGGAAGGAGCGCCUAGUGAUCCGGGCUCUGGAAAACAGAGUUGGUAUUUACUCUCCUCACACAGCCUAUGAUGCUGCACCCCAGGGAGUCAAUAGCUGGUUGGCUAAAGGGCUUGGAGUUUGUACCUCCAGGCCUAUUCAUCCUUCCAAAGCUCCCAACUACCCUACGGUGGGAACGCACAGAGUAGAAUUCAGUGUUAACUGCACCCAACACCUGGACAAAGUCAUUUCUGCAGUGAAAGAAAUUCAAGAUGUUUCUGUCACUUCUUUUUCUACUAGGACUGAUGAUGAAGAACAAACACGGAUUAGUCUGAAUUGUAGUCAAGAGGCUUUGUUACAGGUGGUGGCUUUUCUUUCCCAGAACAGACAAUUCUAUCAGAAGACUGAAAUUCUGUUACUGGAGAAGCCUCCACUUCCACAAACUGGGAUGGGACGGUUGUGCACACUGGAUGAACCUGCUUCCUUGGCAACCAUGAUUGAGCGAGUCAAAAGGCACCUCAAACUAGCUCAUGUUCGCCUUGCUCUCGGGGUAGGAAGGACCUUAGAGUCUCCGAUCAAAGUCGUGGCCCUGUGUGCUGGUUCUGGGAGCACUGUGCUGCAGGGGGCAGAGGCCGACCUUUACCUCACAGGUGAGAUGUCCCAUCAUGAUGUUCUUGAUGCUGCGUCCCAAGGAAUAAGUGUCAUCCUCUGUGAACAUAGCAACACUGAACGAGGCUUUCUUUCUGAUCUUCGAGAUAUGCUGGGUACUCACUUGGAAAAUAAGAUUAAUAUUAUCCUGUCAGAAAGAGACCGGGACCCUCUUCAUUUGAUAUAAAGCAUACAGGAACAACAGGAUGACACAGUCUACAAAUCAGUUUGCUCCCAACUCGAAUGCAUAACGGGAAUCAGAGUUAGUAUCCAUCUGGAAGAAUGUCUUAGAAUGUACAUUAUUUCUGGUUUGUAAAUCUGUUUCACCAAAUAGUCUGUAGCUUGUAUGGUAAAAACCAUAAUGUAACUACUAUUAACAAAUAUUCAUUAUAAGAUGAAUCAAGCAUAAACUCCAGGAAAAUUCCUUAACAUUCUUGGUAAGUAGCUUCUCCUUAGCCUAAUUAUAGAUGAGAUCUGUCAUUUGAGAUCUCUCUGCCCUUGGUUAGUUUAAAAACUUGAGAUUGGAACCGUGAUUUCUAGGUAGCAGCCUUUAGGGGGUGGUAAGGUCUGUCUGUUCCUGUUCAUAGAUCACUAAUGUCUCACCUCAAUUUCAAAAUCAGGAUGAGGUUUUGUUUUUGUUUUUUCUUAAUAUACAUGACCAUUAUUCAUAAUUACUGUCUUAUUGCUUUUGGGUAACUCACCUGAAACUUUAUCAGCAAUACAUAAAAGAUGGUUAGCUUUCAAAAUGAUAAGUUACCAUACAAUAUUAAUUUUGUGCUAGGCCCUCUCCGGCAUGUUAUAAACAGUUUCAAUCCUUAUAAAUAAGAAUAAAGGUAUUAUUAUUUCCAUUUUACAGAUGAGUGAACUGAAACAGAGGUUAAGGAAUUUGCCCAAAGCCACAUAGAUAGGGAGUGGAGUUAGGACACAAACGAUGGUAACCUGGCUCCACGGUCUGUGUUCUUUACUUCUUAAUCAACACUGACUGACGAUAAAACUGAUACAGGAAUGAUGUAAGGAAUCCUGAAGGAAAAGAAAUCCAUUUUCACUGGCAUUUCUCUGGCUGGUAUGGAAGGUUUUUCAUUUGAAUUACUUGUAUUCCUAUUUCCAGUUUCUCUGCUGAGCUUUUUACUUUGGUAAUGAUGAAAGCAAAUCUUGUAAAAUGCCAAGAAAGGAUAUUACAUUUCUUUUGUAGGACUCUCUUCCUACCAGUCCUGUCCUGAAGGAUUUGGGAUCCUGACUUACAAAUUAUUCUUGGUGGUUUGCUGUAAUAUUGAUUCACUACAGAAGUAACCAAUAGGACUGAGCCUUCAGAAAUGCCCCCAAUUAGAGAGUCAGAGGAGCCAAGAGAGAAGGUGGGAGGAGAAUCAGCCAAGCGUCAGAAGCCAAGUAGAAAGCUUGGAUGAGGGAUGGUGGACGCCAAAGUAGAGGGAAUGAGAUAGACAGCUUUGAGAGACCAUUCUAAUGGCAUUUGCCUCAGUCAUUCUAUGUGCUGGGCCCAUAGAGAAGUGGGGAGAGUAGGACAGAAAUUUGGAUGAUACUUUAUAGAGUAUACUGUAAUUAACUAUGCUAAGGAUAUGCAGAGGCCUACAGGGAAAGUUUUCUGAGGAAUGGGAAUAGAAUUCAGCCAAGAGGUACAGUAUGCUUGAACAAACACGGAGUAAAGAGAAACCGCACAAUGCAUUGAAAAAGCCCAGGAAAUUAAUUCAUUUGUUGCCAGGGAAGAAAGCAGGAGGCAUAAAAGGUUAUGGUUAGAGAUGGUGCUUUAAGAAAUAGCUUGGGACCAGUAAUUUCUCAAACCUUUUUCUCUUUAUGUGAAGACAUGGUUUCACAGUUACUCAUGCUAAAGGUUGUAGAUUAAUUCCUUUGGAUAGAGUUCCAGAAGGGAUUUAAUGGAUCAAAGAAUUCAUGAGUGGACAUACUUCCUGCUAAGUACAUUUUUUUUUUUUUUUUU